AUUUAAACCCGCGCUUAUGUAGGUGCUAAGAGACAUUCGGUUACAUUAUCGCCGAAAUAGUCGGUCUGAAACAUCAAGGAAUAGUAUAAGUUCGGGCUACACUAUAGCUUAAUAAUGCCUUGGAGCUAGCUGUCGGUGGAGCGGGGAUUACUGUAUAUCUCCUAGUACUACCUAGGUAGGCAGGAAACGUGAUGUCGACCAUAGCGGGGUCUACACAUAGUAGGAGGAUCCUAUUCUUCUCUGAGACGUUAAUAAUAUUCACCGAAUCCUCGACGGGAUAAUUUUAUGUGAUUGAAUUAGGUAGACCCGAAGUAUACGACGCUAAGCUACCUAGUAUAUAAAUACGGCGAUAAUUCCUCUUGUCAAGACCUCUUCACUCGCAACUACAGCCAGACGAGAAAAACCCCAAGAACAAAUACCAAUAACACCGACAAACACAACAAACACGAUAUUCUAAUCAAGAUGUCUGUCCCUUCUGACCUCCCCAAGAUGACAUACCGUUUCCUAGGCCGAUCCGGUCUCCAGGUCUCAUCCAUUUCGCUAGGUGGUUGGCUCACCUAUGGUGGCCAUGUUGAAAAAGAGAAUACCUUCGCAUGCAUGAAGGCCGCUUACGAUAGUGGUGUCAACUUCUUCGAUUGUGCUGAGGGUUAUUCAGGUGGUAAAUCGGAGGAAGUGAUGGGUGAGGCAAUUAAAAAAUUUGGCUGGAAGCGCAACGACCUUGUUAUCUCAACGAAGCUUUACUGGGGUGGCGCACAUGGCGAUAAUCCGGUAAAUAACAAAGGCUUGAGCCGAAAGCACGUUAUCGAGGGUAUGAACGGCUCGCUGUCUCGUUUGGGGCUUGAGUACGUAGACCUCAUCUACGCGCAUCGUCCGGAUCGACAGACGCCGAUGGAGGAGACGGUCCGCGCCUUUAACCAUUUGAUCAACACUGGGAAGGCCUUGUACUGGGGUACAUCUGAGUGGAAUGCCGACGAAAUUGCACAGGCAUGGCGCUACGCCGAUAAAUUACAGCUUAUUGGGCCAGUGAUGGAGCAGCCGCAAUACAACAUGUUGGACCGAGAGAAGGUAGAGAGGGAAUAUGCCCAUUUAUACCGUGAAGUCGGUUUGGGGCUGACUGUCUUCUCUCCUCUGAAAACGGGUGUCCUUUCUGGCAAGUAUAAGAAUGGCAUUCCUCCCGAUUCGCGAUAUGCUCAGGAGACGGUGGAGUUCAUCGCUGGUUUCUGGAAACGAACGGGCAGCAAGGAGAGGUGGGAGACUACCAUUGCUCAGGUGAACAAGCUAGAGCCCAUUGCCGAUCAAUUGGGUAUAAAGCAGAGCCAGUUGGCCCUGGCAUGGGUGCUUAAGAACCCGAAUGUGAGCUCGGCCAUCACGGGAGCGAGUAACCCCGAGCAGGUCUACGAGAACGUGCGGGCUAUAGAGGCCGUGGAUAAGCUGACGCCAGAGAUCAUGACUCAGAUUGAUGAAAUCUUUGGAAACAAGCCGCCCGCUAUCGUUGAGAGGUUCUAGAAGAGCAUCCUAUAUAUACCCAUAACCAUCAGCCAGUCAUGCUUGAUUUAUAAGGGGUGGUAGAAAUACUUAUCUAUAUAAAAUAGAAUGAGAGGAAUACUUUCUGACAU